AAAACCCCUGGCACCCUGGCACCCUGGCUGUCUGGUCUAGGUGAGGUAGGUAUCUAAGAAUGAAUAUUCAGCUUGAAACAUACCUAUUAUCAUUCUUUCCUUCCAGGUUCUCAUGGCAUACACGUCUUAUCUACCUACUAUGGUUAGAUGACCUCCCGCGGAACCGUCUCUCCAAUAGACGUGGACAUGGGUAGCCCAUGUCGAAUUCAGCUAGAGAAUCGAAUUGACCCGGACUUUCUCAACGCUCCCCCAACCGAUGUCCAGCUCGAAAUUACACAGGAACUACCUGCACACACCCAACGGGAUACUAUUGAUCAUAAAGACCUAUGGGAAUUACCUGUCGACGCUCGUCGAGAAAUACUAGAAUUAGAUCUUCCUUCUGGAUGGGAAAUUCGAGAAUGGCCUGGUCUUGCUAGUGUCUCCUACGUCCAUCGGGACCGACAGAUUAAAACGUGGAAAAGACCUACAGCCGAAGAUGACUAUACCCCCUUUCCAACCGUAGCGGACCGCCUCCGUUACUUCGACCCGAAUACACAACCACCUUUACCACUUGACUUCCGAGUUUCUAAGGGGACCAAACUCGCCCAAGAUGACGAACCAAUAUCAGAAACUCGGGGAACUUUUCAGUACCCCUUGGAAGUAUAUCUGGUACACACGCCGAUAAGAGGAUUAAGGCCUAUAUACCGUGCAAUUGACACAGCCUACAAUGCCUUUUUCGGGAUGUUAGACAUUCCUCAUUUGGUCAAUGGGUUCUUCGGACGCCAUGCCUCCUGGGUUCUGCCAAUUACACUCCUAACACUCGGGCUUGUCGUCUACUGUCUCUGCUACUUGGUGAUCAUGUUCAUUCUAAGUCUUCCUCUGUUUUGGCGACUCUGGACAAGCCUGUUUUUUAUAUCAAUCUUGACGUUUCCUUUCACUAGAUUGUUAAGCACUCUUACGAAACCAGUAGUCGAUAUGUAUAUGUUAACAACUGUGGCGGGCACUGGUAUGCUUGGACUUAACACUCUCGUAGCACUUGGCAGAGAUCAAGCCGCUUGGUCGCAUUGGAAAGUUCUAGUUGGCCCUUACAUGUAUGAACUCACGAAAGUCCGAAAGGCUCUCCAGGUAAAUGGAAAUCAGGAUGCCGAGAUGGAAGAGGACCAAAUAGUGAACCAUGACAACAUAAUCGAAGAAGUGCUUGACGAGAGUUUGCCGCUUCUUAAUUAUCCAAGUCUAACAGCACUGAGAACUGAAUUUCCAGCAACUACUUUCACGUCAUCUUCCCCGGUGGAAGCGCCGCCCCUUGAUUUUGCAGAAACAUCUUCGCCGCCGGUCCAUAUAGUUGCCGAGACACUUAUUCAACAGCCAACAUCUAAGUGGUCAGGAGAUAUAUGCCAGUGCGUUAAGAGGCAUUUGACCGAGGCAGAAUACGAAUAUUAUAAGAGCACAUACAACACUGUUCUAAUCGGCGAAACAGUUAUGUUAGAAGAUGGCAUGGACGAGACAGCUACCACACUGAUCAAGUCCUGGCCUGCUUACCGAACCUUUGAUACAAACUGCCAGGCCUUCACCCUAAAUUUCCUCGACGUACUCUGCGACAGUAACCUAUCCGCCGUCAGUACACGUAUGGUUCUUCACUUCUCGUGGUUCAUCCAUAUCCCAAACCUCGUAAACAUUAUCUUAGGGGUCUUGAUCUCGUUCGCACCAACAUACGGCGGAGAGGGAGAAAUCGGCAACGUAGAGCGCUGGGCGCGUCCGUGCUUCGCGAUAAUCGCUUUCUUCAUGACAUAUGCGUGCGGCUGGACCGUCUUCCAGAAUCUGCUUGGGCCCAGGUUCGGCGUGUCACUAGAAUCGCGGAUCCAGAAAUAUUACACGCGCGCGGCGCGACGGUACCCGGAGUACCAUGCGCUUCAGACAGAAAAGGCGCUGUUCGUAUUCAUGUUCUUAGUCUACGCGUUCAUACACAUGGGGAUAUUCGUUAUGCUGACGUAUGGCUAUUUAAUCGAGAUGAUCACUCCGUUCGUGCUAAACGAAGUCCUCAUCUCCCGUGUCAUGAAAUUUCUCAUCGGGUACGCGUCCGGCAUAGAACCGCCCUGCGAUCGUCUCAGUAUCGGUGGGACCUUCGACUUCACCUCGCGCUCCACCAUGCACAUCAUCAAGCUAGCCGUCGCGGCCGUAGCUGUGUUCUUCGUCUGGCCUAUCAUACUUUACCAGCGGAUGUCAGGGGAGCCAUCUUGGUUUGAUUUCUCGUGGAUCACAGACGUGUUUAGCAAUUGGGCCGAUCUGGGAGAGUUCAACGACAAGCACGAGCAGCUUAUGGAGCUAGCCUACCGAUACAAUAUCACGGUCCUCCCGACCGCUUUCAAGGCCGCGGCGAGGAAUGGUAGUUUGAGCCAAGUACCGAGAGCAGCGUUUAAGGUUCUCCAGCAUAGUAAUUUUACGGAGUUUGUGAGUCCGGCGAUUUGUUUGGUUUUUGGGGUGGGAAAUGGAACGGGGUCUGGAUUGGACGGUGAAUUGUGAUUUGUGUGUAAUCAUCCGUCUACCUGAGAAUACCCAUCUAUUGAUAAGUUGACUUUAUUUAGGUACCUACUAGGUAGGUAGUCAGGUUCGUCAAUUGAAGUUACACUCGAGCUCCUAAACCCCCUA